AUGGCGGCCAUAACCCGCCUCGUAAAGCGCACCUCCUCCCUCCCUUGCGCGGCGCGUAGAUUCCUGUCCCAAGCGCCGCCGCACAAGGAGAGGAAUGUCCAGUGGGUGUUCCUUGGUUGCCCCGGCGUAGGAAAAGGCACCUACGCUAGCCGCCUCUGCAACCUCCUCGGCGUCCCUCACAUCGCCACCGGCGAUCUCGUCCGCAGUGAGCUCGCCUCCAACGGCCCCCUUUCUUCCCAGCUAUCAGAAAUUGUUAAUCAAGGUAAAUUGGUGUCCGAUGAAAUCAUCAUAAGUUUAUUGUCGAAGAGGCUCGCUGAUGGGGAAGCAAAAGGUGAAACAGGAUUUAUUCUUGAUGGUUUUCCUCGAACAAUAAAGCAAGCAGAAAUAUUGGAAGGGGUAACUGACAUUGACUUGGUGGUCAAUCUGAAGAUCCAAGAAGAAGCACUGCUUGCAAAAUGCCUUGGUAGAAGAAUCUGCAAUCAAUGUGGAGGAAAUUUUAAUGUUGCUUCCAUCAGCAUCAAGGGUGAGAAUGGGCGCUCAGGAAUGGUCAUGGCACCACUUCUUCCUCCUGCACAUUGUAUGUCAAAGCUCAUUACACGUUCAGAUGAUACUGAAGCCGUAGUCAAAGAAAGGCUUCGAAUAUACAGUGAAAAGAGUCAGCCUGUUGAGGAAUUUUACCGUAGUAGAGGAAAAUUGUUGGAGUUUAACUUGCCAGGAGGGAUCCCAGAAUCUUGGCCUAAGUUGCUGCAAGCUCUUAAUCUUUAUGAUUACGAGGAGAAGCAAUCCGUUGCAGCAUAA